AAAACAUCUCAAGCUUGUCAUGUGUGCGUAGUGUGCGCAGUUUAACAUACAAGCCAUGGAAAGGAAACAUAUGUCCGCAUUUUCUAUUUAUCAAUCAGUAUCAGGGGCAACAACACCAGCGGAGCAGGCUGUGUCCCCUCCAACAAAGAAACCCAAAAAGAAAGAGAAUGUCAUGCAUUCCAACAAGAAAACAAAUAAACAGAAAAGAGGGAAAGCUGUGAAAUCCAGCGUAAAGCCCAGCAGCAGUGAUAAAGGUCAAGGCGAGAAGUCCUGUGUGUCCGAAUGCAGGGAAGGAUUCAACAUUCCAGCUCUUGACACACUUCUGACAGAUCUAGCAACGGUCAACAACAGCAGAGAGAGAGCCAAUAGACUUUUCCAAUGGCUUAUUCAUCCAGUCCAAGCCAAAAGCUUCUUCAGGGAUAACUGGGAGAAGAAACCGAUUUUAAUCCAACGACAGAAUGCAGACUAUUACAAAGGACUCUUUUCAACUGCAGAGUUUGACCUCAUUUUAAGAAAUGAAAAUGUUCAAUAUGGAGUGAAUUUAGAUGUGACGAGCUACACGAACGGCAAAAGAGAGACGCACAAUCCUCCUGGAAGAGCUUUACCCUAUACAGUCUGGGACUUUUAUGAGAGCGGUUGUUCAAUCAGAAUGCUCAAUCCUCAAGCUUUCUCCUCCGCUGUAUGGCAAGUGCUGUCUAUUCUUCAGGAGAAGUUUGGCAGUAUGGUGGGAGCAAACACAUAUCUGACGCCGCCGGGGACGCAGGGUUUUGCUCCACACUAUGAUGACAUUGAAGCGUUUGUAGUGCAACUCGAGGGUAAAAAACACUGGAGGGUGUACAAACCUCGUUCUGAAGAUGAAGUGUUGCCCCUGGUGUCCAGCCCUAAUUUCAGUCAGGCAGAGAUCGGGCAGCCCAUCAUGGACGUGGUGCUGGAAGCGGGAGAUCUGCUGUAUUUUCCACGUGGUUUCAUUCAUCAGGGAGACUGUCUGCCAGAUACCCAUUCACUGCACAUCACCGUCUCAUCGUACCAGAGGAACAGCUGGGGAGAUCUGCUGCUGAAGUUAAUGCCGGCAGCCAUGCAGAUCUCCAUGGAGGAAGAUGUUGAGUUCAGGAGGGGGUUACCGCUCGAUUAUCUUCAGUACAUGGGAGUUCAGCACUCUGAGAAGGAAGAUCCACGGCGAGAUAAAUUCAUGGCACAUGUUCAGGGUCUGACGAAGAAACUGGCUCAUUUUGCACCGAUAGAUGCGGCUGUGGAUCAGAAGGCCAGAGAUUUCUUGCAUGACUGUCUUCCUCCAAUGCUGACCGCAGAGGAACAGGCCAGCAGUGUGUAUGGUGCUCCUGCCCGGUGGAGAGAUGGAGAGGCUCUUGAUGUGGCUGUUCAGAUAAAGAAUCAAACUCAAAUCAGACUUGUGCGUGCUGGAGCUGCCAGGUUAUGCACUGAUGGGGACAAUGUGUUGCUUUGUUACACUACAGAGAACUCCAGAGUUUACCAUAAAGAACAACCAAAGAGUUUCAAGAUACAGGCAGAGCACAUAGAUGCCGUGGAACUUCUGAUUCAUUCAUAUCCUAGGUUCAUUACUGUGGCCAGUUUACCGUGCGACAAAGCGGCAACAAAGGCGUCACUGGCCGAGCUGCUCUUUGAGAAAGGACUGAUUCACACCGCCAAACCUUUGACUGUUGAAUAAAAAUACUGUUCCGUA